AAUGAGGCUCUUGACUUAUCUUUGCCAAAGACGAAAUCAGCAGACGAAAAGCCGUCGUUGGAGCUGUCUACCGGACCAUCGCUGUCAGAUGAUGUUCAGACUGCAGAUACGUUGCCAGCGUUAUCAUCAGCCCAUGAGUUAGCAGAACGAGAGCGUCGCGGACGUAAACUGGUCGAAAACGAUGCUGAAAGUUAUUUUAUGAAGAACAAAGAUUUUGAGCCCCCUUCGAAGAAGUACAAACUAUCGCUGACCACGCAUAAGGGCGAUAGUCCUCCAACUGCAUUCGUUUCGAGGAACGCCGAUGCGGGCGAUGCUUGUCUCAGUAAUGACAUAGACUUGUCGCCUCCGACCCCGUUCCUUGUUGCUCACCCCCAAGACGCCGGCGAAAUAAAGCGAACAUGCAAUGGUGUAUCGGUCAGUCUGCAUGACGAUAAGCUGUGGAGAGCUUUUGCCAACUUUGGAACAGAAAUGAUUAUCAAUCGUUCCGGAAGGCGGAUGUUUCCACAUAUCGUUCUAUCUACGGAAGGCCUACAUCCACAAAUGAUGUAUUCGGUCACACUUGAAAUAGUUCCCGCGGAUCAGCACCGGUAUAAGUUCAUCAAUAAUCAGUGGUUACCUAUAGGAAUGGCGGAUCCGGGUGCAGGAGUGCAGCCAGUAACUCAUCCAGAUUCACCGAACGUUGGUUCAUUCUGGAUACGGAACAGAGCCUCGUUUUCCAAAGUUCGUCUCACAAACAACAAAGAGUCAAGUGUUAAAGAGUGUUCUGAUAGCAAUAUUCUUCUACUGUCCAUGCACAAGUACAAGGUAGUUAUCAAAAUCAGAGAAGAAAGCUCCCCUGCAAGAACAGAACUAACGUUUGAUUUUGAUGAGUCGGCGUUCAUUGCAGUCACUGCAUACCAGAACAGCAAAAUCACACAGCUCAAAAUACAAAACAAUCCAUUUGCCAAAGCUUUCAGAGACUGCCACAAUCCCUCGUUUACCCCAAAGACCGCCGUAUCUCCUAGACGACGAGAAGCAAAAGCAAAAAAUGGUUAUAUGAACGAGUCGACUGUACCGAUUAUACCUGUCUCUAUCAAGGAUUGCCCAUCUUAUAUGCAUUACCAAUCAAUGCCAUUCCGUCAAGACGGAUUAAGUAUUGCAGCCCUCGACCACUUGUACAGGAAAAAUAUUGAGAUGAAUUCAACAAAUCCGUCACAUUACUUUCCCUGGACCGCUGUUGGCCAACAUUGGCCCUUCCAAUUCUGGGGAAGAAAUCCGGGAUUGCUCGAUACUCUCUAUUCCAAAAUGAAUUCAUCGAAAACAAACAACAUGGCCUGUCUUCAACUUCCGGUUAACGAAAAUAGGAGGAUCCGAUCGUUUUCUGUAAACUCACAGACAAGCUCAAGCUCGCCAGAGAGUUGCCAGGAUAAUGAGGAUUCAGGAGACGACAGGAAAGUAUAGGUGGUAAUUGUUGAAAUAUUACAAUUGUUAUCACACUGUGAAGUACUGAAAACUAUCAUAUCAUCAUCAUUAUCAUCAUCAUCAUUUUCAUCAUCAUCAUUAUCAUAUUGCAUAUUGUGGUUAUAUGCCUUUUUUGUCCAAGUGCUGUGAAAUAAUAGUUUAUUCUGUAGUCAGGCGGUAUGAUUGGGAUAUAAGAAUGAAUGAAUAUGGACGAUCGUGUUUAUUGAUCUUCAGAAUAUGACAAGAAAAGGUAGACUAUGACAAAAUUUAUUAGAAUAUCGCUAGAAAUGGUACCUUUGUACAGCAUUUGUAAGCCUUUGACACCGAAUAGAAUGAGAAUUCAAUAUUUUAUAUAUUUAGACGGUGUAUGCCUUAUAUCUAAGUAAAUUAUUUAUUUUGUUCUUUGUAUCAAUUUUUUUAUUUUAAGUUAGCGAGUUUAUGAAUCAUAACAGAAAUUUGACGCGGUGAAAUCACUUCUUCGUACAUGUACCAUGUAAAAAACAAGAUAACAAUUUUAAGACGAAUGGUGACUGUUGUAUAAUAUACAUGUAACACGGGAGUAGGUGGAAAUAAACUGCAUUUGUCGAGUUAACACAUACCUCUUGCAUUUGUUUGUAAUCAAAAUUUCGAAUUCCUAGUGACUUAACAUUUUGCAUCCAAGUACGAAAACCACAUGGGAAACUCUGGUUUGGACCAAUGAUAAGUGUAAUUAAGGGUACUUGAAAUUAUUUCCUGAGACUAUAAAUUGUUUCAUUUUGUAUUGAUUUAGGCGCCAAUGCUUCAAAUUCUUAUAUCAACAAGGCCAGCAUUAGUUAGUCUUUGAAAGAAUUAACUCGAAUUUAUCUUAAACUUUUAGUAAGAUAGGACGGUAUAUAUUUUCAUGGAAUACAUAAACUCACUGUUUAUUUCUACCGACUCCCGUAUUACAAGUUAUGUAAAUAGAACAUAACUGUCGUCGUCGUUUCAAAUUCCAAAUAUCAAUUUAACUGGCAGCCAUGCAUUAAUGUCUUUCGAAAACUUAAUUCAAUAUUCCUUACUUGUUAGCUAGCUAUACUUGAGUAACAAGUACUACAAGAACAAAACCUCCAAAACGUUUAGUUUCGAUUACAUAUAAAACCUGCACAUUUACAACACGGAUUACACUGUCAAAGAAAUAUCAAACAAUUUUUAUAAUUUUAAAACACAAUGUCUGUAUUAUUGAUAAAUCUAUCCGGAGCGAUGACCCAUUUAUUAUGACCAAUAAAGCAUCGGCAGGGCGUGAAGCAGCAAAAUAAAUCUUUGUCAAUCAAAAACUUUUUAGAUGUAUGUUAGAUGUAAAACAGGACGAAGUUUAUCUAAUAUAUUUAGGCUAUUGAUUGUGUGGUGCGUAUCGUUUUAUUUUCAUUUUGUUGAAAAUGUUUGUUAAAAUGUUUUGUAUAAACAUUGAAUUGUGUUCUUUUAAGAUAUACAAAAACAAUUAAGAAUAAUUGAUAUACAUCUUCAUUUAAUAUUAUUUGAAAUGUUAAUCAUUUGCACUCAGGUUUGAUUAUUGUUUGUUCGAAUCACCAGUGAAAAGAAGCGGAGUAAAGGGAACGUUAUACAGAAAAAAUAGUUAUCCUUCGUUAUUUGUCUGAAAUGUUGAAUCAAACUUGGUAAAAUAUCAGGAUGGAUAGCUUUUAUAAAUUUCUGCAAUUAUCAAGGACAUGCCUCAUAGUAACAAAUUAAAGAGUUAUUUUAUUCACGCUAAAAUACGAGGAUUGUCAUUAAAUAUGAGGAGAUAUUCGGAUACUUACAUUUAUAUCAGCUAUUUUGUCAGAAUACAUGUAUGUCCCACGAACAAAAGAAGCCUAUACAAUUCAUACCCAUCAUUCAUAUACUAUGCUUCUAGUUUAGACUUUUUUAUCUCUAUUUUUACUUUUGUUUCCGUUAAUGAUAUGGCAAAGGACAUGUCUACAUUUAUCAUUAUCAUUAUUUUUUAUUCAACAUAUCAUUUUAUGUCAUUACAUAUAUAUAUUAUUUUCACAACAUAACUUAUUGUUUGGAGUGCUAUGUUAUACCAGCUGCAUUGAAGCAUGUAAAAGUAUAACUUGAAUUUGUGUGUUUUUAUUAUUCAGCAUGACUAUAUAAUUUAUUCAUUAUGUUUGUGAUUCUAAAUGAUAUGUAAAUAACCGUUUUGCCAUUACAUUUACAAUGUCAUGCAAAAGAAAUAAGUGGAAAUGCUUCAUAUUAUUUUAUACAUAUUUGUAAUU